AUGGUGCUGUUGGCCGUAUUCAUGUCGAUGGGCGCCCUGGUGCUGGGGAACCUCCUCCUCCUUUUCGUCGAGAACCAGGAGGCGAACCUCGAAGAUCGACGCUGGGUUUGGUCGCAUUAUGGCACUGCCUACCGUGCAACAUACACGCUCUAUGAGGCCCUCGCAAAUAUCGUGGUGAUGGAACUCCUCGCCUGCAAACACUUUGCCAAUUUCAUGGAGGAAUUUGUCGCAUGCAACACCCGCGCCAAGUUCGUGGCGAUACCUACCCAUGUCUCAUCGAAGUACCCGAAGUCUUUUGACAUUGACAUUGAGAAGCAAUUCCAUCUGCAACUCGCGGAUGAAGCACCCCUUGUGCUGCCCCCUUUCCACGGGGUUGGCCGGAUGCUGUCCGACACAACCUACAACAUGUUGGACAAUGGAGAAGUACAUGUUGUCGUGCAGCCUGGAAACUUUGUGCGCGCAGCCAGGAUGCCCGUUUCUCAGAAUCACGUUGGUCUUGAGGAAGGGAUCGCGGCUCAGUUUCUGAAAACUGGCCCGGAGCCACUUGGAGGCGACGCGCUCAGGCCUCAGCUGGCAUCGCGGCGCCCUCGGGUUCAAAGGCGCUCAGCUUCCUUUGCGCUUUUGUUGAUGUGUCUGAUAUGCACCGCCACCCACCAUGACAGUCUUGCUGCCUCUUGCUGGGUUCGAGCCGGUGACUUUAAUCCGCUUCGCGGUGUUCGCAUAGGAGAAGCUGCCCACCCGGGUCCUGCAGGCUCCCAUGUGACUGAAAACAAACGAAAGGAGGCUCUGGGCUCUUCUGACGACCAGAGUCUGGCUCACUCUCUUCUGCAGGUCCUGCAGUCUUUUCGCUCUUCCAAGCAGGAUCGAUGUUCCUCCUGGGCUUCUCCUGGCACCGAAUUCUCGGGGCAUGAAAACAAGGGAAAGGGGAAGGGUCAGGACAAUCGGUCGCCUUCGCUGGCUAAUCGUCUCACGCAGGUGAUUCAGUCGGCCAUCGAUGCUCAAUGGCCGGAUGACAAGCUGGCUGACAGGCUGCUCCAAAAGCUCCAGCCAUGGGUUGGAGCUUCGCUGGAGGCUCCCCCUCCUCAGGUCCGUCUGCUUUCGGUUGGACAACUCAGACGCGCCCUCACGGAGGGUACGGAGAUUCCGGGAAAUGUGAUUGUUUGCAGGGAUUCCGAAGUUAAGUCUGAGGUUCAGGCGCUGGUUGAUGCUUUCAGCGUUGAAUGCCCACUGGCCUUUGCUUGCGUCACCGACGCUGCCAAGUUGCUUCCUACGGUUUCUGUCUGGUGGAAUAGGGGUAAGGAGGCCUCGGUGAAGCCCUCUCGAGUCAAGCUUCAAGUCAGUCAGAUGACCAAGGCUGUGAGUCCUGAUAUUCGAGCCCCCAUCUCCAUCCAGUUCAGAUCCCCCAAAGGUCCCAGAAUGUGCACGCUUCGUGUCACCGCCCCGGCCGCUUACAGAAGGGUUUUUCUGGAUCGCGACACUUCGGACAACCCCCAGAUCGUUGUCGGGGAAUUGACCAAACUGAUUGGAUGCAAGGCUUCCGCCCUCACUGGGGGCCGCUGGCAGCUGUCUCAUGACAAAGAAGGGCCGGUGCUCACGGCCCACCUCAGGCUUCCUGAGGAAACGGCCACUAAGGUCACUAAGGUGAGUGGUAGGCGUGGGAUCUUCUCUUUGAUCCUGGUCAAAACCGAAGAACGUGCUCGGGUUGUCUGGGUCCCUCGCCCGAACAACACGGGCAAUGAGGAGUACUUUCGCUAUGCCACUGCUGAGGCCGAGCGACAGUCCAAAACUCUGUCAUUCAGAAUGGGCGGAAAAGAGGACCUUGGCAUCACGGAUGGGGAUGAAAACACUUUUCCCAAAGUGCAAAGGCCUCGGGUGUGGGAGGCCUGUGACGUUCCACGUGGGUGGUGCCAGGAGGACGUUGUCGCCUUCUUCUUGAACGCCAACUGGCAAAUGCCUGAGGUCAUUACUCGUAGAAAGCCCAAAGGUCGCGCAAAGGCCGUAUGGAUUGUCAAAGCUCUGGCUCCGCCUGACACCGCAGGUCCAUACUGCUAUGAAGACUUCGACCAAGGUACUUGUAUCUCCAUCUUGCCCGAGGCCCCCCGCUCCAAACCUGUGGUUGAGGCCGAAGUGGUGCUUGGGCCUAAGAAGCUGUGGGUCGAACCUGUCAACAAAAGAAGGAAGGGACAGUCGGACACUGUCCCUCCCACGCUUGUCGAUGUGCCAUCGGAAUCGGAAUCUGAUGAUGCGGCUCCGGCAGGGUCGGACGAGGAGGGAGGGAACGCUCGGUCAGUCGCUUCGUGCGUCGCCCACCAGAAAGACAAGCAACUUUCUCAUGACGAAAUCAUUCGUGAAGCUGCUACUUUGCGACUCCUGACGGUCGCUCACUUAACCAAGCACAGAGCUCGCUUUCAGAAUGUGUGGGCGCCUGAUACCGCCCCGUCUGAAGAGACGCUGGCUGUUGAGGAGUGGACUCAGCACGAGAAGCAGUACUGGGCUGGGGAGGUUCCCCCCGCUGACUUCGAGGCCUUUCUGCGGCUUCUCGCUAAACGCGAGACGUAUGCCUGUGGGUUCUCCCUGGCUGCUCUCUCAGAAAGGAACUCCGUGGCGCGGGAAAGAGUCGUGCUUCCGGCCAUCUCACUCUCCCCUCAGCCACCCUGCCAAGGUACGCGGAGGAAUCCGGUUCCUCUCUUCGGCACCGGCCCGGGGCUGGCGCAAGAUUCGGUGGUGCCGGCCUCUGCCCAGAAACCAGCGUGUGACUCGGGCUUGGAGAAUGCCUCUUCCGUCAUGAAUCUGACUUUCAUGAAUAGCCCUCUUCGGCUCCCACUCUCGGGCCCUCUGACUCUCGGGUCCUCUUCUGGAAAUGCGAUGUUCCGGGGUGCGGGUUCUCGGUGUGGCGGCAUGGCCUGGUUCGAGGCCAUCAUGAGGCGCGCGAAACAGGACAGCAACAGCAACUCGGCUGGCUCUUCCCAUCCUCCGCAGGCAAUGGGUGGGUUGCCGGUGUACAAGGCUGACGCCCUCGACACUCGUGUGUGGUGGCCUUGCAACCUGUGUGAGUAUGAAAUCAAGUUUGCUGAUUUUCCUCAGGAUCCCAAUCGCAUGUAUCGGGCUCGCGUUCGACAUCUCAAGCAAGUUCACGGCAUCGCCAAACCGCCUUGCCUUAAGAAAGGCCUGAGCAACAAGGCCACGGUUCCCAAUCGAGUGAAUGAGGCCUCUGAAUCCUACGAAGCCCGCUGGAAGGCUGUUUGGCAGCUCUACCAGGCUAAGCGAUGGAAGGGAAGUCAUGACAUUGCUUGUGAAGUUCACACGUGGAGGGAGUACCAGCGCCCCAGCGGACACAUGUGGUGCCGACCCUACCAUGAGUGCCGUGCGUGCAAGGUUCUUUUAUCCCGCGAUGCUCUUAUCACUAGCGUUUGCUCUCAGAAUCGUGGCCGGGCACCGGAGCUUAGUCGAAGAAAGGCCAUCUGGAAAGACUGCCGCAAGGCUGGAAAAGCCGCUGUCAAGGUUGCGCAGGGGACCUCCCCUGCCCGUCGCGGCCUCAGAGCCGUUCGCGUGGGCGAAGCGACCCACCCAGGGAUGGCAAAUGUUGGUUGUCCCCGCGCCCUCCUCCAGGGUGCGCCCUGGAUCUUGGGCUUGGACGGCAACGUUUCCAUGACCUCCGGUCACUGGGCCUCGGCCAUGGCUUUGAGCGGGGGCAUUCUCAGGGCGGUCGCUCGCCACAAUCGGGGUUCAGUUCCCAUUGAUGGCAUCUGGUCAUCCGAGAAUUCUCCUGUGGUCAUCGGUAGCUCUGCCGAGCGCCAGGCGGGGGGUGGUGAUCAUUCCAUUGCCCAGGCCUCUUUCUGCUUCCGGGUUCCUGCGGUGGGCACGGAGUGGAGACUCUCACGCACUGCCAACACGGCGUCGGAGUGUGGGCCUGGCAACGCCCCCAGUUGGACAGAAGUUGCAUGCGAUGCAGAAGCGUGGACUGCCUCUUUGCAAAAUGUCGAUCAGGCGUGGACUCAAUGGUGCAAGGACGCUGAGACAUGGCUCGGUGCAUCUGAGGUCGUUGACAAUUCCACUUCUGAAAGGCCACUUGGUUCCCGCCCAUCGCUCAGAACUGGUAACCAUAAAGUUGCGUGCAGGGAAGGGUGUGAGGAGCGCAAGCUUCGCAGGGCCAUCCGUAGGCUUCAGGAGGCCAGAUGCUUACAGUUCCGAGGCAGAUUCGUUCCGGACACUUUGCGCAGCGCUCUCCUGCGCUCCGCCUUGGCCCCUGCUGAGAGUGCGGCUGUUCACGGGCAGCGAUACGGGCUCGCUCUGUCUUUAGCCAAUCAACGCCUCCAAGGCUUGCUUCAGGGCAAACAGAAGAAAGCCCUUGAGAAAUGGUACCAAGACAUCCACACCACCCGCGGCGCGUGUCGCUGGUUGCGGCGGGAAGAGGCAACCCCGCUUCUCUUAGCCGAUGAGGGGGGGGAAGUUCUCACGCAGCCUGCCACGGCCCUGCCGGCUCUUGCUGACUUCUGGGGCCGCACCUUUGGGUGUACGACCGACACGACGGGCCAGGACGAGGCCUCCCAGAUGAGGCAGGGCAAAAUUGCCUCGUUGGGCGAUGUUCGCCCGGUUGCUGUCGGCCCCAUAGUUUACCGGCUGUGGGCGAGACUUCGCCUGCAGGCCGUCCGGGAUGCUCUCUCCACGUGUCUCCUCCACACUCAAGGGGGCGGGGUUCGUGGGCAGGAUGCUCAAACUCUUGUGCUCUCUCUGCAUCUGGACUUUCCCCAAGACGUGUGGGAGUAUGGGGUCAUGCUUGACUAUAGCAAGGCCUUUGAUAGCACGGACUGGAGCCUGUGUGUUUCUUUGCUCCGCCGCAUUCACAUGCCUGAGGCCAUUGUUGCACUCAUCGAGUAUCAGUGGCGUAACCAUCUCCGUUGGCUCUCGUUUGGCGGGGCGGUGCAUCGAACUCCGCUGAAGGGAUGCAAGGGUAUACCCCAGGGUGACCCCUGGGCCCCCGUGGUCUUGGCCCUCCUCCUCUCUCUCCCCGCCAUGCAGGUGCGAUCUCAGGUUCCCGACGCAGAUUCUCUGUUGUACGUGGACGAUAGGUCUGUUGUUGCCAAAACUAGAGAUGCUUUGCUUAGGGCUGUGGACUGCUGGCGAUCUCUUGAGGAGGUCACUCGGCUUCGCACCAACCAUGACAAAACUCAGUUCUUCGUUCGCUCUCGCAGGGCUUUGAAUGAGUGCCGUAAGCAUGGAGUGCAAGUCGCUGAGUCGGCUGAAAUGUUGGGGGUCACGGUUGGCAUCCCGCAUCGCCAGCGCUCUGCUGAGGAAGAGGCUCGUUGUGCUAAGGCGGGCCUUCUGGCAAGGAGAUUGGCUCAUCUCCCGCUGUCUCUGAAAACCAAGGCUUUCUUGGCUGCCAUCACAUUCGCUCCUAAGGCCGCUUGGGGGGCCGUGAUUGGGGGCUUGCCUCUUACGCAGAAGGUUCGCUCGCGCUUUGCUGCUGACUUUCGGUUGGCUGUGAUUCCACGGGGCGCUGGGGGCGAUAGGUCUAGCAGAGAGCUUCAGAGAGUUCUGUUGUUGAGUCACCGCUCCGACCUCAGUCUCAUGUCUUUGCAGAGCACCGUUGGUGCACUGAGCAGAUGGGCUGCUCUUAAGGUCCAACAUGGCUCGGACCCCACGCAGGUUCGCUUGGAGCGCACCCCGUUGGGUAGUGCCAUCGCUAAGGAGUUCUCUCGCUUUGGCUGGGCGCUUCGUGCUCGUCGUUGGGGCGUGUUCGGGGACGAUGCCUAUCGGGUUUGGGACGUCAGGGCCUCCCGGGCCCUCCAGGAUAAGGCCGCCCACUUGCUUCGGGACUCUUGGCGGGUCUUGGAGCUGAAGGCUUGGCUUGCCCAUAGGACGCGUCGUGACAGCGCGGUUGCUCGUGCUGCGGGGCUUCGGGUCGGACCGACCUUAGUGCGUCGGCUUCGCGCCUUGGCCCAGAAUCAAACGGGGGACGGCAUCGCUGUGAUGUGUGGCGGUGCUUCGACUGAUGCGAAAUGGACUCCUUCCGGGCCCAUCUUCCAUGAGCUUCUCACGUCUGCCUUUGCUUCGGUGAAGGCAGGCGGAGCUAAGGUGGUGGAAACUCCAAGUCCUUCUUUCUGGACGCCCGUUAUGGACAAGGUGAGCCAUGUGUACGUGAUUUUUUUCGUCGUGUACAUCACGAGCGUCCUUGUGUACUACCUCCUCGUGGUGGUGGUUGCAUUUGCUGCUGCUGUUGCUUUGCUUGCCUGGUCGGGGCCCUACGAGUCUCAGGCCUGCGUGGUGCUAGAGGACUGGGAUGCUGCUGGAGGAGUUCGCCGCUUCGAACUGCCUCAGCCCGAGACACCGCAGCCAUCCAACAAAGCUGUCUUGUUCUCCGACGCCUCUGACACACAGGAGGGAAGCGAAGAACCUUCCCUUUCUAGCGCCCUGCUGGAGUUUCUGGCUCACUGGCAGAAUAAAACUAAGGACACUCUUUUGAAAUCUAAUGCUAGAGCUGAAACUGUUGGAAGCCCUGCGGCCGGCUCUGCGACUGGCCCGAUUAGCCUCAAUGCCAGUGAAUGGACCAAGGCAAUCAAACUCAUCUCAAAAGCAACAGUUACCAAAGCUGUGCAAGAGGGAGGUGAGAUCGACGGAAACGUCGUUGUCGUCAAGUCUGAAGCUGAAGCACAGGAGUUGAAAGCCCUGUGGAAUGCCGCUUCCAGGUAUGACCCUCUGACUGUUCUGCUCCUAGUUGCUGACUGCAAGGCCUUAGGCGGUUACAAUACCAAGGUCAGUGUCAAACGUGGUGCAGGUCCCGUCGUGGUUCAAGACGUAACAGUCAUUGUCCUGGGAGAUACACACGCGGUAGCCAAGUUUGCGCCGCCUGCUAAGGUCACCGUCCGUAUCUCAGCUCCAUAUCACUACCGAGUCCUAUUCCGAAACGAAGACGGUUGGGACCAAGUGAAAGACGUGUUAGCUGAAAUCGGGAAGUGGAAAAUAUGCCAGAUAUCCCAGCUCACCGGCGGCAGCUGGAGAUGGUCGACCACUAAGGAUGGCCAUCAGUUGGUUGGACACCUCAGAGUGACGCAAAAGUUGGCCGAUGCUCUUGUACGUAAAAGUGGAGAACGGGGCAUCAUGAUUACCUUGACUAAUGUCACUGACAGGCCUGAAGAAAUCGUGCACUGGGUCCCCAAAAAAGAUUCAGACGACGAAACUUACUUUCGUGCUGCUGCUGCUGCUGCAGCCGCUAAAGGUCAAGGCCUCAAGUACCGUAUCGGCAAGGGUAGCGACCUUGGUUUCGUUGUUGAUGGCACCCCUGAACCCCGUGCCCUGACGGUCCAAGCUCAAGGCAUCCCCAAAUCCUGGGAAGGCUCCGAAGUCACCGGGUUCUUUGAGGCUCAGGGUUGGAAGGAGGUCUUUUGCAUUGCUAGGAAAAGACAUGGAAAGAAAGAUAUUCGCUGGAUUUUCAAAGGCUUUCCUCCGCUGGGUGGCGCUGACUCAGCCACUUCUGUGGUUUGGCAGUACUGUGACAAGGAUGACCCUCGUUUGCAUAUCCAUGUCUCCAAAGUCAGGGGUCCUCCGAAAAAGUUCUUCCUGAAUGAUACCAAAAGCAAGCCAAGCGAAAACAAAGAAGAUGUCAUGAAUGUUGACGAGGAGACCAGCCUCUUAGAGGGUGAAGCUGGUCAAACUCGUGAAGCUGGCACUGACGCUGCUAACGACACCAGUCCCGCCUUCCCUGAAGCUGAUGAAGUUGCACAGGCUAUGAGAGAGGGAUGGGUCGAGGUCAAUCAAAAAGGCAAUGGAGACUGCGCCUUCCGCUCUAUCGCUGCUGCCAGGGAGUACGCUGCCAACAACAAGCUGCUCACUGAAACUGAAAGCAAAAACAAAGGGGCUAUGGUUCGUGUUGAUGCCAUCUCGCACUUGAGGAGACAUAUUGACAGAUACCUGCCCAACUUUGCCCCGGAUAAGCCCAUCUCCCCCGAAAGCCCUGCUGUUCAACCUGAGGUUGCUAAGAACAACUUCGGCACGUGGCUCACGCAAAUGGAAUCCCCUCAAGCUUGGGCCGACGGCCUCGUGCUUUUAGCCUGCGCUGUUAGAUAUGGCCAACCUAUUGUUGUGUGGUAUUUCAACCAAGAAGGCAAACACUGGAAACGCGCAUACUUCAAGGUGCCGCCCCCAGAAGCGGAGAGGAAUGCAAAGACCGUCCCGGGCUUAGUAGUGUUAGAAAAGCGCUUGGUCAAGCUUUGCUUAAAAAGCGUAAAGAAGCGAGAGGAUGGAGCUGUCCUAUUUGUCAAAAAGGCCUUCCGGCCAUGUCCACUUUUGACAGGCUUUGUGCUAUUGCACAACAUUGCAAAGAUGAGCACCCUGAGGCCGGUCUAUGGCCGGCCUCACUACAGAAUUGGCGAAGCUAAGAACCCUGGGCCUCAUGCACAGGCAAGUUUGUGUGGCAUCAGCAUCCUCUCACUCAACGUGGGUGGGGCCCCAGGUUGCUGGAGAGCUUUGGCUGAGGACUUCUUUGAUGCUGACGUCGUCUGUUUGCAGGAAGCCUCUCUUUCUAGGUCUGAGUUUGGUGGUUUUGCCCGUCAAGCUAAGAAAAAAGACUACUCUACCUUCCAAUGCGCUGCUCCCGCUGAGCAAGGGCGGUGGGGUGGGGUGGUCACUCUCGUUCGCAAAACGGUUCGCCAUGGUGCUGUCGUCACGGACAGCAGAAGAGGGGUGCAAAUGUUGGGUGUCUGGCUUCCUGAUGCCUUUCUUCUAAACGCCUACGUUGCUCCGGGCAACGAGCAGGUGGGGGCCGAGAUGCUUGGCUCUCUCUUCGCUGCUCAUGCUUUGGAUAAGCAGGAAUGGUUGCUCACUGGUGACUGGAACCAAGAACCUGAAGACAAUGUUUUGGGUCCUCUUUGUUUUGCCAAAGGCGGCUGGUUGGUAGGCGCUGCGCACAGGUGGACCAGUAAGAAGCGCAUUGACUGGGCUGCCAGCACUAUCUCUCCCAUGAGACUCUCCUUCCAAGGUGCUGAAACUAGGCGUGCCGUGUCGGACCACCCUGGCUUCUGGCUCAGACUGACCGAUAAGGUGCAGACUCCUAGACGUGGGCGCCUUAAACCAGCGCCAACCUGGCACAAGCCCAGCUUUCUCAGUGGCCAGCAGUGGACCCAAGCUCUGAGUGAAGCCUGGGACAGGGUGGUAAAGAAAACUAAGGACUAUGCAGACAUGAGGAAUCAGCUUAAGAAUGAAAGCCCCUUUUCUGUGCAAGACAGCUGGGACUGCUUCAUGAGCUGCAUGCGAAUCUGCUUUGUCGAAGCCUUGUAUAAACUUGGCCAAGUUUGUAUCGACCCUGAGCAAACUGAAGAGAUCAAGCGUUUGUCCGACCAAUAUGGCUUUGAAGCCAAGGGCAGGCCUGCUCGGUUCCAAUGGGUCACGGUGGGGAAAAACUCUGGUGGGCAACAAAACCCAGGAGAGGCACAACGGCGCAUCCGUCGCCGCCUUGCCAGGCUGUAUGAAGCUCUGCGCAUUGCAAAAAACGGGGCCUCUAUCGACCCUGCUUUAUUGCGCAAACUCGGGCCUGGCUGGGAAGCUCUUGACGCCCCUGACGUGCGGGAUGCCGUCGCUGCGGAACUCAAACAGCUUAAGCAGCAGCAGCACAAGCUUGAGCAAGCUGAGGCCCGUAAGAGGCUAAAAAACUGGAAAGAUCGCAUGUGUCAGGGCACUUUCGGUCACUUGGGUCGCUGGCUUAAGAACCAGAAGCAAGUUUGUUUCGGUGUCACGCUCUACGAUUCUAAGGGUGAAGCCCACGAUAGGAUCAAAGCUGCGGACAUGAUUCAUGACUUCUGGUCCUCUGUUUGGAAAGAGAGCGGUAGUGUCAACACUGAUGAAGCCGCUGCUAACCUUUGCAAGCAGUUUGGUGAAGACCAAAGCAAACUUGUUUGGGACGCGCUCCCCCUUGAUGCUUUAACCCAGGCUGUCAAGAAAGCUAAAGGGUCCGCUGGUGCUGACGGCUGGGAUGGGGACGAGCUCAGGUACGUCCCUAACCAGGCCAUCGGUUGCUACCACGAACUCGUUCUUCGUUGGACGUUGGCGGGACAAUUGCCCUUGCAGAUGCUUCAGGCACGGCAGGCUACCGUGCCUAAACCUGACAAGAUCGAAAAAGGCAAUAGACUGCCUGUCGGCGGCACUAGACCGCUCACUGUGAUGAGUGUUUGGUGGCGGGCCUUCGCCAGCGCAUGGGUGCACUCUCCUCAGAUGGCUGCUUGGACCUCAGCAAACCUGGACCCUAGAGUCUGCUAUGGUAAAGGUUCUGACAGCCCUGAAAGUGCUGUGGACAGACUUCAAUCGAAGUUUGCGGGUCAGGGUGGGGUCCUCUGCGCCCUUGACUUCUCUCAAGCCUUCGAUCGGUUAAAUCCGAAUCUCACGGCUUCCGCCUUGGCCAGUUUGAACUUUCCCCCCGGCCUCCCUCGCUUGCUUCAGCUGGCGUGGGGAGAGCAGCAAAGGUUCAUCCAGUGGGACGGUCACACGUGUCCUAGAGUUCUUAAGCCAUCCGGCACGCCGCAAGGCUGCCCGCUUGCCCCUUUGAUCCUUGCUGUCUACACUACUGCGGGCAUCAAAGCAACUGAAGCUGGGCAGGACUUCUCCGCAGAUACCUCCAUCUAUAUGGAUGACCGCACUAUGUAUGCGCGCACCUGGUUUGCUGUUAAGAGUCGCAUCAGCGCUUGGUCCUCCUGGAGUGCCAGCAUGGGACUCUUGGAAAACGGUAAGAAAACGCAGGUUUGUGCACGUGGCAAGCUUGCUAAACAGGAGGUUGCCAUUGAUUGCCCCCAGGACUGGAUUAGAACCGAAAUCAAGGCUCUUGGGUGCACUACUACUGCGCAGCCGCGCAAAGAAAGCUCCACUGAGGCUGACAGGGUUGAUGCUGCUAUCCAGACUGCUGCUUUGCUCCGCUCUGUGCCUCUUGCCUGGCAAAGAAAGACUCUUGCCUUCCGAUGCUUUGUCUUGAACAAGGCGUCUUAUGGUUGGGUCUCUCGCUUUCCCACUCUGACCAGUGCUGGUAAAGUCUUCAACAGCCUGACUGCUGCCUACAAGACCAACCGCUUGGCUUGCAAAGCCUUCCGCAAAACCCUCUAUGGGGCUGUGCUUGACCUCUCCCUUGUCGUUCUCUGCAGGACGUGGAAACGCAUGGCUAAGGAGGUAGACAAAGGCCAUCGACCUAGAUGGACAGCCGGGCCGCACACCGCAGUUUCGGCCUUGCGCAAGACCCUCAAUAGGUUUGGCUUCCUUGAAGUUGGCCCCUGGGAAUGGACUGUCCCACAGAGGUGGGUGCGUCUAAUCCCUCGGGCUGAAAGCACUGUGAAGCUUGAGGGUACUGGUGCCGUGGAUGCUCAGUUGCACGCGUUCCGGGCUCAGUAUCGCAGAAACGCCUAUGAGCACUUCCUGAAAGGAAAGCGUCAUGAGGCCAGAGAGCUCUGCGCUCAGUACACGCCUGAUGAUCUACGUAGAUUCUAUGCUGCAAUCUCCAUCGAGCAAAGCCGGGAAGCCUUAAGCUUUGGGCCUGGUCACAGGGCUGUCAUGCUGGCUUCUGUUGUUUCCCCUAGUUGGUAUGGAAAAGUCUGCGCGGACAAGGAGGGUGUUAGUCAAGCUUGCCCGUGGUGCGGCCACGAGUUUGGCUCUUGGAGACAUGUAGCUUGGGACUGUCCUUGCAAUCCCUUGCCUGUUGGUCUCUCCCCUCCUCAAAAUCCGUUGACCUUCCGUUUCGGUUGGCUUGGUAAAGAUGAUCACAAUGCUCCUCUUGCGUUGGCUCAUCUGGCUGCUACUGUUGAUGCCUUGUGGAAAACUAGAUACGGUGACAGGUAA